AUGAAUGAGUCCAUGGAUGAUGCGCAACUCUUCUCCAAUGACGAUAUGAAUUUUCCGCAGUACAAGACCGGAUUCUUUCACAACGUCCUUCACAAUGUUCCGCUGUGGUGUGUAUGGUUGCACGCUGUUAUUGUGUCCGGUGGCGUGCAUAUUGUAAUGCUCAAUAGUCGUCAGAUAUUUGUGGCGGUAUCUGAAGACCCGAAUAGCGAACAGCUUCCCGCCCUGUACGUCGCUCUGACAAGUGUCGGCAACGCCAUUGGUCGUCUCGGUGUCAGUUUCUUCGAGGCAUGGAAUGCAAGCCGGCCGCUCGAGAAGCGGACGCCCGUGACUAUCACAUAUUGUGCCCCCUCUUUGUUUAUGUGCCUCUCUGGCAUCUUUUUCCUCGUUCUGCCAGCGAAGGGACUGAUUCUUCCAAUGGUUCUUGGGGGUUUGGCGAACGGUUCAUAUGCUGCCGCUCUCGUGUUGACUGUCCGCACCAUCUACAGCAUUGACGUUGCGAAGCAUUACAACAGCAUUUUCUUAUUCGACCUUAUUGGUGUCGUUGUUUUCAACCGAUUUAUGUUUGGUGAAGUUUUGACACGCAAUUCUGUUCGGACUGAGGACGGAAAGUACUAUUGCCUGGGACGCGACAAGUGCCUGCGGACACCAUUCGUUGUGCUUACCUGCCUUUGCGCAUGCGCUUUUGCCUCCACUGUGUUAAUGAAUUUUAUUUACAUGCGCUUCGUUCGUUCUAGACGUGAGGAGCGUGCCGCGGAACAAAAUGAACAGUUGGAUGCGUAG